AUGUCUGCUCUCAGCAACUAUGCAGCAACUGUGGAGAUGUUCAAAGGCAACAAUCGAAAGGUCUACAUUUACACUUUGGCAGUGCUGGGUACUGAUGCCUACAAACUUUUUUCCACCAAGCUCGGUGAACUGCAGCAGAGUAUCAAGAGGGACAUCCUGGAGUACCGAAUUAAUCUUGCCUGGGGAGCUACUGGCGGCUACCCGCGGGCCAUUGAGACAGUGGUUGAAUAUAUCAGCGACCGUGCCGACGGUCUCAAAGCUGGAGUUGUCUCACGGGCCACAGGGCACCUUGGAGAACUCGGGCAGAACUUGCCUCCAAUGUUUUCCAAGGCGGAGUUGGACACUUUGUUAGAGAUAUGGGAACAAGAAGAUCGUCCUUUUAGUCUCUGCGUAUCUCUGCGUAAAAUUGUGAAUCUCAUGCCUGAAGCCACAUACAAAGGGAGUGUGCUUAUAGACUCAGCUGGGAAGGGGAGACUGCUCCCAAGUUCGAAGGUGAAUCAACUCAGCACCCUGACUGUCAAGCUCUGCCUUUACAGAGUUUGCACGACUGGCUUCGGUCCACUGAGAAUGAAGCCGCAACCUCACAAGAAGUAA